UCCCGUUGAGCGCUUCGCAGUGCGCAUAUCAAAAGCAAUUCUUAUCCAUCUUCCGUACCGAACUCUGAUCUCUUCGCAGCUUCCGCAACACAAUGCAAGUGUUAUUGCUCUUUUUUGUUGCCUGCGUAUCCAUUGGCCAUACGCAGGCAUACUCGGCGUAUCGGGAUGCUCAGAUUAUAGCUGAGUAUAAGCGGCAGCUGAUAUUGAAUCAUGCCAAGAUCGCGCGUCAAUUGGUCCAUCGCGCCAAUUGGGCGUCUGUGGGCAGCAUUUCGACCAAUAAAAUUGUGAAAGACUAUCCCAUGGUGAACAUUAUCUCAAUUGACGACAAUAACCUGGAGGGCAAGUCUUCGGGCGUGAUUCGUUUCCUGCUCACCGAUUUGGACUUCACGGGUCCGGACUGGCAGAACAAUAACAAAGUAACUUUCCUGUUUUCGGAUGAGCAGACGCUGAACUGCAAAAAUGCCAACAAGGAUCCGAUGGAGCCUACCUGUGCGCGCGUGAUAAUCAGUGGCCAAGUCAAGAAGCUCCCGAAGGAUGAACCUAGCUAUACUCCAGCCCUUAAUACAUUUAUUGCUCGUCAUCCGGCAGCGGCUAAUUGGAUAAAAAAACACAACUUCUAUCUCUGUGAGCUCGAUAUUCAGAAUAUAUUCGUGCUGGACUUCUAUGGCGGGCCGCACCAGGUUAACGCCUCGGACUAUUAUGCAAUUAAAAUUUAAGACUGGGUUUGAGUAGGUCUCCCUAUAAGACCCACAAGUCUUUUGUUUACAAUCCGAGAAAUGUAUAUAGUGAUAAGCAAAAGUCUAUAUAAUGCUCUACUGAACAAGCGAUCCUACGUGCUUCCCGUCUCGCCCUCUUUUUUUUUCUAUCGGACUUUGCAUGUGAUAAGCUUUAACAUAAUAUAGAACAAAUGGUGAUAAAUGUGUA